AUGAAUUCAAAGCGCUCGUUCAUGCAAUUCUCCAAUGCUCAUGCAAGUCCUUACUGGCCAAGUGUGGUCAGAUGUGAAAUGAACCUAGACCUCUGGGAAAAAGCCUUGAAAGGAGCGGGCAUUCUGGCAAAUUAUCAGGAUGUCUUGGUCGGCUUUAAGCACGGUUUUCAUCAAGGGAUUCCAGUCCACAAGAUAAGGGGCUUAUCCUGGUUCACACCCGACAAUCAUUUGUCAGCAACUUUAGCAGAAGAGAAAAUCAAGGAGUCAAUGUCGAAGGAACUCAAGGCGGGCCGGAUGUUUGGACCCUUCACGAUAGACCAAGUAAAGUCAAAAUUCAAAUUUUUUAGAACGAGCCCUUUGGGAGCGGUCGUAAAUGGAGACAGGUCGGUCAGACCAAUCAACGACCUGUCUUUCCCUCACGGUAACGCAUCGAUACCGUCAGUGAAUUCCUUUGUGGACAAGAAAGAAUUCGAGACUACGUGGGAUGACUACAAUGUAGUAUCAUCCUUCUUCAGAGAAUCCGAAGGCCCGCUACUCUCAGCCUUAUUCGAUUGGGAAAAGGCUUAUCGGCAGAUCCCAACUCACCCGUCGCAAUGGCCUUAUCUGAUGGUAAAAGGACUAGACGGUGUAAGACUCAAAAAGUGA